AUGGAUGAGUCGCCCGCCAAGAAUACCCGCAGUCAGCAUCCACUAGGAGCUGUGAAAGAUUUGAAGAAGCUUCCUGAUCCAAAGCGGAAAUGUCAACCAGCACGUCCCGAGCCCGAUGGUGAAGACAGCUCUGGCGAAGACAAUCCGCCACCUCGGAAGCGUGGACAUGGUACUCGGGACGAGUUGGUAGUGGCCUCGCCGAGGAAGAAGAAUGCGAGGGCCGAGGACUCGGAUGAUGGUGACAAGCCUCCCGCAAAGCGAAGAUGA